GCCCAGAGCGCGAUCCCACCUCACCGGCACACUUCAACUCCACACAAACUUUCAUCCUCCUCAUCCUCUCUCUGGCUGCUGUGGUCAUACUUCCCCUCUCUUCUCCCUUCCUCUGCCAAGAACACCGGCUAGCAGCUUGUGCUUCCAUGGAGAUCGACGCCGACAACCUCAGCGCCACCGAGCUCCGCCUCGGCCUGCCGGGAACCAGCAGCGGCGACGACCGGCCGAAGAAGCCGGCGCCCUCCGUCGGCGCCAAGCGAGCGCUCGCCGACACCCGGAGCGAGGCCUCGGGCACCAGCCCGGCCGCCGGCGACGACCACGACGCAGCCACGCCUGCCAAAGCGCAAGUUGUGGGGUGGCCGCCGGUGAGGGCGUACAGGAAGAACACCUUCCAGGCGGCGGCGAAGAAGGCCGAGCAGCCGGGAGGGCUGUACGUGAAGGUGAGCAUGGACGGGGCGCCGUACCUCAGGAAGGUGGACCUCCGGAUGUACAAGGGGUACAGGGAGCUCAGGGAGGCGUUGGACGCCCUCUUCACCAAGUCCUUCUCCGCCGCCGGAGCGGAGGGCGGCGACGGCCAGCACGCCCUCGCCUACGAGGACAAGGACGGCGACCUCAUGCUCGUCGGAGACGUACCCUGGGACAUGUUCAUCUCUUCGUGCAAGAAGCUCAGGAUAAUGAAGGGUUCUGAGGCCAGGUGAUCGCUGAUGCACAAGCAGAGGCUGCAAACCCAUGGGGAUGAAUCGAGGAGCACAGAUCGUGCAUAGGAGCUGUGUGGCUUGGGCUCUCCAGUGCUGUACAAAGAGAUGGUUGUUUCUGAAUCCAAGUGGGAGAAGGAUCUAUGAACUGUGUAUAUAGUCAGUCUUAGCUUAGCCGCCUUGUUUUUUGAGUCGUGUUUUGUAUGAGCGAAGGCUGUAAAAAAAUCAAAAAGAAAAAUGAGAAAUUUGACUUAAGUUUGGUCAUUUUCCUCUC